AUGGCGGAUUGUGUGCGGCUCACUCAGGGCGUGGUCUCUGCUAACACGGCAGUGUCCGAAAAUGACAUCCAGUACUAUGACUCCAAAGCCGACUCGGAUGUUCCGGAUGAUGAUGAUGGAGAAAACCUCUUGGAAAACCCGAAUUCUCUUUCUUUGGAGUUUGUGGAUGAUCCCAACUUCAAGAACAAAGUCAACUACUCAUAUACAGCCGUACAGAUUCCUACUGACAUCUACAAAGGCUCUCCCACGAUCCUGAACGAGCUGAACUGGACUCAGUCUCUGGAGAGGGCCUUCAUUGAAAACAGUCGUGAGGAUCCUUCGCUGCGCUGGCAGGUGUUCGGCAGCGCCACCGGAGUCACCAGAUACUACCCAGCCACAAAGUGGAGAGCGCCCAACAAGAUUGACCUGUAUGAUGUGAGGAGACGCCCGUGGUACAUUCAAGGAGCUUCUUCUCCCAAGGACAUGGUCAUCCUCGUGGACGUGAGCGGUAGUGUCAGUGGACUGACCCUGAAGCUAAUGAAAACCUCUGUCAUCGAGAUGCUGGACACACUUUCUGAUGACGACUACGUAAAUGUGGCUCGGUUCAAUGAGAAAGCGUACGCCGUGGUGCCGUGCUUCACAACGCUGGUCCAAGCCAACAUAAAAAACAAGAAGAUCUUCAAAGAGGCUGUGAUGAACAUGCAAGCGAAGGGGACGACAGACUACAAGACCGGCUUUCAGUUUGCCUUUGACCAGCUGUUAAACGAGACCAGUGCUCCGAGAGCAAACUGCAAUAAGAUGAUAAUGAUGUUCACAGACGGUGGCGAGGACCGCGCUCAAGACAUCUUUGAGAAAUACAACUGGCCAAACAAAACAGUGAGAGUUUUCACGUUCUCAGUGGGGCAGCACAACUAUGACGUCACUCCUCUGCAGUGGAUCGCCUGUGCCAACAAGGGUUACUACUUUGAGAUCCCUUCCAUCGGAGCCAUAAGAAUCAACACACAGGAGUAUUUGGAUGUUCUUGGACGGCCAAUGGUGCUGGCAGGUGAACGGGCUAAACAAGUGCAGUGGACCAAUGUUUACCAGGAUGCUCUGGGUUUGGGGCUCGUCAUUACCGGCACAAUGCCAGUCUUCAAUCUCACCACUGACGGAGACUCCAAAAAUCAGUUGAAUCUUGGUGUCAUGGGUGUAGACAUCGCCCUCAAUGAAAUUAAAGAACUCACACCAAGAUAUAAGCUUGGAGCCAAUGGUUACACGUUUGCCAUAGAUCCCAAUGGCUAUGUGCUGCUGCACCCCAACCUACAGCCUAAGAUCAUUAACUUCAGAGAGCCGGUCACAUUGGACUUCUUGGAUGCUGAACUUCCAGAUCGCAACAAGGAGGAGAUCCGCCGUCAAAUGAUUGAUGGCAGAGCAGGACAGAGGAGAAUCAGGACACUGGUGAAGUCUGUGGAUGAGCGUUACAUUGAUGAGGUCCAGAGGACAUACAUAUGGAGUCCAGUGGAGGGCACAGAUUACAGUUUAAUUUUAGUUCUUUCACCUGAUGUUCAUUUGUUUCUCAGAAGCCUCCCUGUGUUCUCCGUCCUCCGCUUCCCCUGGAUAAUCUUGCCCGUUUCUGUUGCAGAUUUUGAGUCUCUCCUGCCAAACACUUUUGAGUCAGAGGGACAUGUGUUCAUUGCCCCCAGGGAAUACUGCAAAGACCUGGAGCUGUCUAACAACAACACCGAGUUCCUGCUCAACUUCAUCGCUCUGAUGGAGAAGGUCACGCCGGACUCCAAACAAUGUGACAAUUUCUUGCUGCAUAAUCUGAUCUUGGACACGGGCAUCAUUAAAGAGCUGGUAGAUAAAGUCUGGAAGAACAAGGACCUCAACACGUACGGCUUUAUGGCGGUCUUUGCAGCCACAGAUGGAGGCGUCACUCGAGUUUUCCCUAAUAAGGCCUAUGAGACCUGGGAGGAAGAUCCAGAGCCAUUUAUUGCUAGUUAUUACCGUCGCAGUCUGGACAACAAGGGCUACAUGUUCAGAGCCCCCUACCGCACCGCCAAUGAUGAAUCCAUACUGAAUCCAGAGAACGACACCAUCGGCAUUCUGGUUAGCACUGCAGUGGAGGUGACCAUAGGAAACAAAAACCUGAAACCUGCAGUUCUGGGUGUGAAGCUUGAUCUUGAGGCAUGGACAGACAAAUUCAAGAUCCUGGCGAGCAACCACACCAACAGCAACCGACAGAGCUCUCAAACGUGUGGACCCACCAGUGGCUGUGAAAUGGACUGUGAAGCCAACAGUGAUGACUUGCUUUGCUAUCUGAUAGAUGACGGCGGCUUCCUCGUCAUGUCCAAUCAGAAAGACUACUUGAAUAAGAUCGGGAUGUUCUUCGGCGAGGUCGAUGCCACCCUCUUUUACGCCCUCUAUAACAACUCCUUCUACAAACGCAAGCAGUCUUACGACUAUCAGUCGGUGUGUGACCCGGUACCCAGCAGCAACACAGGGGCCGCCCCGCGAAGAGUGUUUGUGCCUACUAUUGCUGAUGUGUUAAAUGUUGCCUGGUGGACGUCAGCAGCUGCCUGGUCACUGCUGCAGCAGAUGCUGUAUGGGUUUGCCUAUCAGAGCUGGUUCAUGACAGAUGAGGUGGAUGCUGAAGGACUGGAGUCUAGAGCGACCAGCUGUGUGACGGUACAGACACAGUUUUACUUCAGUAACAUCAGCAGCUCCUACAACAUACUGCAGGACUGUGACAACUGCUCCAGGUUAAUUCAUGCUAGGAGAAUAAACAACACCAACCUGCUGUUUGUGGUGGCUGAAAAACUGUCCUGCGACUCCUGUGAAAUAGAGAAACUGUCUCAGGUGGAGACAGAAUAUAAAGAAACGAAUACAUGCGAGACAAUAGCCACAGCCCGGUAUAGAAAAGGAACCACGAACUGUUUCGACUACAGUGUUUUAGAGAACACAUCAGACUGUGGGCGGGGUCACUCGUUCCGUCCCUCCCUCCUCACCUUACUCCUCCUCCAGCUCCUCCUCCUGUGUGUUCUGGCCCGCCCCUCUGUUUAACUCCAUCCUCCUGUCCUCCUCUCCCUCCUUCUCGUCGCCUUAAUUUCUCCUUUAUCUCCCCAUUGCUCUAGUCAUAGGUAAUAUAAAGGGACUUCCUCCUGCCCUUAUACGGAAGCCCAGUCGUACUGCUUCAUCCACUUAGCUUCACAGGUUGUUGCUUAGUGACCGUUGCAGAACUUUGUCGUCUCCUGCCAAUCAAGAGCAUUUGUGGGAGGAGCUUAAAGUGUCUUUACGAAAACAGGAAGCUAGCGAUGUGAACACCGACGGCCAUCUUGGACCAACGAAGAAAUGGUGGAAACUGACACAGACUGUUCCCUCCUGCCCUUGCGGCCGAAAGGGGGUCGGGUUUCGUUUGACUCCACCUCUAAAGGGGAAAGGUCAUCCUCAUCUUCAUCCUGUAACCCGUGUCGCGAGGCUACGGGGCGUUCUGACGCCAUCUAGCUUCCGGUAAUAAGAAAAUAACCGAAUAAGAGCAGAACUUUAAGCGAUUCCCAAAAAAUAUCAAUAACAACAUGUGAGUAUUAAAAUCAUGCCUCCAUAUAUUAGGGUAUUUAACGAGAAAGAGAAGACGAUAGAUGAUAUUUAUUCAAUUAUCUUUUGUUUAUUUAUGCACUAUAUCUACUUCUUGCCAAAAUGAGACUUGUUGUGUGGUCAAAUUUUUCUAGCCAAAUUAGGAGGUAAGAAAACCACAGAAAAAGAAAGUAGAGAAAUUAAAGAGGUAUCACACCAUUCCUUCAUCAGUCACAAGGGCUUCAUAGAAUUAUUAUUUCUAUUUAUAUCACAACCCUGAUCCGAUUAGGUUAGGCUUUUUAUUUGUGUUUAUUAUUUUUAUCACAAGGUAAACUAUAUUAAUGCCUCAGUAAUAUAAUAUUUGCAGCUAAUAUGUAAUAGCAUGUGUGCAUUUUUAAAGGACUAGUUCACCUAAAAAAGUGUAAUUUUAUCAUUCAUU